AUGAGCCCCCGCACUCUCCCUGCAGCCGGCUUCGUCCAGGCGCCGCUGUCCCAGCAGAGGUGGGUGGGGGGCAGUGUGGAGCUGCACUGCGAGGCCGUGGGCAGCCCGGUGCCCGAGAUCCAGUGGUGGUUUGAAGGGCACGGUCCCAACGACACCUGCUCCCAGCUCUGGGACGGCGCCCGGCUGGACCGCGUCCACAUCCACGCCACCUACCACCAGCACGCGGCCAGCACCAUCACCGUCGACACGCUUGCAGAGGAGGACACGGGCACCUAUGAGUGCCGGGCCAGCAACGACCCGGACCGCAACCACCUGACCCGGGCGCCCAGGGUCAAGUGGGUCCGCGCCCAGGCAGUCGUGCUAGUCCUGGAACCCGGCACAGUCUCCACUUCCGUAGAAAACAUUGGCUCGAAGACACUCCUCACCUGCUCCUUGAACGACAGCUCCACAGAGGUCACCGGGCACCGCUGGCUGAAAGGUGGCGCGGUGCUGAAGGAGGACACGCUGCCCGGCCAGAAAACGGACUUCGAGGUGGACUCCGACGACCUCUCGGGAGAGUACUCCUGCGUCUUCCUCCCCGAGCCCACGGGCAGGGCCGACAUCCAGCUCGACGGCGCCCCCAGAGUGAAGGCUGUGAAGUCGUCAGAACACGUCAGCGAGGGGGAGACGGCCGUGCUGGCCUGCAAGUCAGAGUCCCUGCCCCCCAUCACCAACUGGGUCUGGUACAAGAUAACUGACUCUGGGGACCAGGUCAUCGUGAACGGCUCCCAGGGCAGGUUCUUCGUGAGUUCCUCGCAGGGCCAGUCGGAGCUACGCAUCGAGAACCUGAACAUGGAGGCCGACCCCGGCAAGUACGCGUGCAAUGGCACCAGCUCCGAGGGCACUGACCAGGCCGUGGUCACCCUCCGCGUGCGCAGCCACCUGGCUGCCCUUUGGCCCUUCCUGGGCAUCGUGGCUGAGGUGCUGGUGCUGGUCACCAUCAUCUUCAUCUAUGAGAAGCGCCGGAAGCCCGAGGACGUCCUGGAUGAUGACGACGCGGGCUCUGCUCCCCUGAAGAGCACUGGGCAGCACCUGAACGACAAAGGCAAGAAAGUCCGACAGAGGAACUCCUCCUAGCCAGGUGGCCCGAGGACGCUCCCCGCCCCCGCGUCUGCGUCGCCGCUGGAGUCCACUCCCAGUGCUUGCAAGAUUCCAAGUUCUCGCCUCUUAAAGAAAACCCACCCCAUAGAUUCCCAUCAUACGCUUUCGUCUUUUUAAAAAAAAGUAGGGUUUUCUUUCUGCAUUCAGGAUUCUGUUCCUUAGGUUUUUUCCUUUGUGAGUAUUUCUCGAGAGCCCGGGAGCUGCGGCGCCGCGGCCCGCCUGUGGCUUUCCGCCUCUGGGUCUGAGUCAUGGCGGGGGGGCGGCGCAGCCUUCUCCGCUGGC